GUGGCGUCCGCAGUUACCCGGUUCUGUUCCUCGGUCCAAGAGAUGCGCGCAGCCCCGCCGGCUAAGCUUCCUUCCUUCCAGGCCUCGCAUGUGGAUCCCCCUCCCCGGAACGACCCCAGCCAGGAAGUGCUUGUAGCUCCUCCCCUCUCCGUCCAGCUCCUCCCAUUCUCUAAAGUGGGAGAGGGAAGGGAAGCGGAGCAGCAAAGGUAGGAAGGAAUCGCCCUUGAGCAGAAUAAGGGUUGGGGGGACCUUAUUGUCUCCAAGGGUCCUGCAAACUCUGUUAUUCUGUUCAAGGGCGAUUCCCUUCUAACUUUGCUGCUCCGCAUCCCCUUCCCUCCCCUCCUCCCGUCCCCGGGCUUCGUCCCCUCCCUCUCUCCCCUCUUUCCCUGACUGCCUCGGCAGAAGCAGCCCUGAACUCGCUGCCCAGCUGCCCAUCCCACCCGGGACCGCUUCCCCCGUUGCCGAAGGGGGGGCGCAGGCAGGGGGACCCCCGAGGGGGCGGCGCCCUCCCCCCUUUGGAGAAUGGGAGGAGCUGGACGGGGAGGGGAGGAGCUAGAAGAGCUUCCUGCUUGGGCUCUGCAAAGUCUUGGCUGGGGCAGUUCUGAAAAGGGCGAUCCACGUGCGUGGCUGGGAAGGAAGGAAGGAAGGAAGGGAGGGAGGGAGGGAGGGAGCGUGCCCGGCGGGGCUGCGAGGAGAACGGAUAGCGGAACUGUUCCUGCGCCCAUCUUUUUGGGAAGCGGAGUCCGGGCGAGGAAGAGAGCCGCCUCUUUCCUAUCGAGCGCCAGACACUCUCAUGGCCUCGUCUUCAUCUCCUGGAACCUCAGUUCUUUGUAAUGGAGGAUUAACGGCGGUUGAGCUUCCAAUGCAGGAAUUGAUAUCGCUUGAGGAUGUAGCUGUGGUUUUCUCCGUGGAGGAGUGGGCCCUGCUGGAUUCUGAGCAAAAAGCCCUGUACCAGGAGGUCAUGCAGGAAACCAAGAGGAACUUGGCCUCCUUAGGUGACGGAUGGGAGAUGGAGGAUUCUGGCCAAGAGGCAGCAGCACAUUUCCCAAAAGAGAAAAAGGAACUUGCAGAAAAAAUGUAUGGAAAGCAAAGUUCGGAGCAAAACCAAUUAAGAGUUGAGCUGGAGAACUCCAGUAGUUUACCUUCUGCAGAUACCAAUGUUUUAUUGGACACGGAUGAUUGCCAAGAAAAAGAAGAAUGUUCAAGGUGCGGGAAAACGCUCCGAGAUGAAUCUGGAUUAUGUGACUGUUGUAAAAGCCCUGCUGGAGAGAAACAAGAUGAAAGCAGGCAACGCUCCAGAAGGACCCGUCCUCCUCCUUUACAUGAAAGAAGACAAGAAGGAGGUGAAAUGUACAAAUGUAGGGAGUGUGGAGAAACCUUCGGGACAAGCCGCUCCCUUGCAUUGCAUAAAAAGAUUCACAAAGCAGAGGAUCCACACAAAUGUCUGGAUUGUGGAAGGACCUUCAGGCAGAAAAAUCAUCUUAAUUCACACAAGAAGGUCCACGAAGAGAGGAAGCAGCAUCAAUGCAUUAAUAGGGGAAACAGCUUCGGAAGCAGCGCCUCCCUUACUUCCCAUCAAAGCAUCCACAGAGAGGAGAGGUUGCAUCAACGCAGGGAGGGUAGAACGAGGUUUACUGGGAGCAAGGAACCGAAUUCCCGGAAAAAAAGCCCCACUGGGAAGAAAUCAUGUAAAUGCCUGGAAUGUGGGAAGAGCUUCCGCUCUCCAAGUAAGCUCACUUACCAUAAUAGGAUCCAUACAGGGGAAAAGCCGUAUCAUUGCACAGUGUGUGGAAAGAGCUUCACCCAAAAAUUUAAUUUCAAUUUACAUAAUAGGAUCCACACUGGAGAGAAGCCUUAUCAUUGCACAGAGUGUGGGAAAUUCUUCAGGACCUCCGGUGAGCUUACUUGCCAUAAGAGGAUUCACACAGGGGAGAAACCCUAUGAAUGUUUAGAGUGUGGGAAAAGCUUCAAGACAUGUGGUACACUAACUAAACAUAAUAGGAUGCAUAAAGGGGAGAAACCAUAUAAAUGCCUGCACUGUGGAAAGAGCUUCAGUCAAAAAGGUCAUCUUAAGUCACACGAGAGGAUUCACACGGGAGAAAAACCAUUUCAAUGCACGGAGUGUGGAAAGAGCUUCCGUGUCUCAACAAGCCUUAUUGCCCAUCACAGAAUCCACACAGGGGAGAAGCCCUUUCAAUGCCUGCAGUGUGGGAAGUGCUUCAAUCAAACAAGUAGUUUGAAUAUCCAUAAAAGGACCCACACGGGUGAAAAGCCUUAUAAGUGCACCGAAUGUGGCAAAUGCUUCGCUGAUUUGUGGGCUCUCUCUUGUCACAAAAGGCUCCACACUGGGGAGAAACCAUAUGAGUGCCACACUUGUGGAAAGAGAUUCAAUCAAAAAAAAAGGUAUAUUGUACAUAGUAGAACCCACACUGGGGAGAAACCAUAUCAGUGCCAGGAGUGUGGAAAAUGCUUCAGUGAUUCUGAAGCACUGACGAUCCAUAAAACAAUCCACACAGGCGAGAAGCCCUAUAAGUGCGCAGAGUGUGGCAUGAGUUUCAGAAGAAGUAGUUACCUUUGUAGCCACAAGAGGAUCCACACUGGGGAGAAACCAUAUACAUGUCAUGAGUGCGGAAAAACCUUUAGUCGAAGUGAUUCACUCAGGAGCCAUAGAAUGCUUCAUUCAGGGAAGAAACCCUAUAAAUGCCUGGAGUGUGGAAAAUGUUUUAGAGUGAGUGGCCAGCUUACCUCCCACAAUAGGCUCCACACAGGAGAGAAGCCAUUUAAAUGCAUCGUGUGUGGAAAGAGUUUCCGAGACGGGGGGACUCUUAUGUGCCAUAAAAGAAUCCACACAGGAGAGAAACCCUAUAAAUGCCUGGAGUGUGGAAAAUGUUUUAGUGUGAGUGGCCAGCUUACCUACCACAAUAGGCUCCACACAGGAGAGAAGCCAUUUAAAUGCAUCGUGUGUGGAAAGAGUUUCCGAGACGGGGGGACUCUUACGCGCCAUAAAAGAAUCCACACAGGGGAGAAGCCAUUUAAAUGUAUCGUGUGUGGAAAGAGUUUCCGAGACGGAGGGACUCUUAUGCGCCAUAAAAGAAUCCACACGGGAGAAGCCAUAUGAGUGUGUGGAGUAAAAAGAAAUUCAGAACUGGGAGUGACUUUAAUCGCCAUUAGAAGACGUAUAGCAGGAAAAGACGACGCUAAUUGGCUCAUGUUGAUUCUCAAAAUUUGCUUCAUCCCCACAGAAGUCUCCCAGGAGAAUCUGUAGAAAUACAUGGCAUAUGGGAAGGGCUUCCAAAGCAACAAGCUUUUUGACCCAUGAAAAAUAAGAGUUGCAUUAUAUAUUUAAGUCACACCAGAACAAAGAGAAGCAGGAUUUUCAGUGAGCACUUCACUGGGAGAAAGAGACGCAAAAGAAGGAAAUAUUGAACCAAUACAAGGCUCAAGUUUUUUUUUUCUAAAAUAAACACUGGACGGUUGGCGUUGUGUCUGCACCAUCUAAAAUUGGUUGGCUUUAACUGAUUUCUAGUCUGAGAUAUGGUACUGAUUGUGUUUCUUUUCUGUUAAUGCCCUAACUUGUACAGUAGCUAAAGGCUUAGCUUACACAUCUCAGAUAUGCCGGUUCAGGAAUUCUGGAAGUUGAAGCCUACAAAUCAUAAAAGGUCCAAGGUUCACCAUCCCUGGUCUAAAUCGAAGGAUCCUUGGAGAUUCAAUUAACAGGUUAAACUUAGAAUAAAAGCGUAAAUGCUUCUGCUUGCUAAAUCAUAACCCCAAAUGUACUAUGGGAAAAGACAAAAGGUACAAACAGGAAAGAUUUGCACCUGUAAAUCUCUAAAAAGAAGAAGUAUGCUGUUAGAAAAAUAAGAAGUAUCAUUGAAAGCUAUGCUAUAGUACUGAUGAAGUGACAAUUAUGAAAGUUUUGCGGUUACUCUGUGUACAUGUUGGGAUAGCUUUGCUGAGCUUUGUAUUAUGUACACUAUGGUUAAACUGUUAGUGUAAGACAGGCAGGAAUUACUGUAAAGGUUGGCCUCUCCCCUCUUUGGAAGAGCUUUAUAGCUCCUGCUGCCUUAAGGAAGUUCAAAACAUUCUUAAAGAUCCAUCUCAUCCUGGGCACCCUUUGUUUGAACUAUUACCAUCUGGCAGACGGUACAGGAUAAUAAAAAAAGGACAAAUAGGCUGAAAAACAGCUUCUAUCCCAGGGCAAUAACCAUACUGAAUUCUAUGGUAUAGGGCCGUGAUGGCAAAACUAUGACACGUGUGCCACAGGUGGCAUGCAUAGCCAUAUUGGUGGGCACGUGAGCUCAGCUCCCAGCUGAUUUUCCUCCCUUCUGUGCCUACCUGCAAUAGGGAAACAGGCUGUUUCCUACCUCCAGAGGGCCUGGUGUGGGUGAGGAAGGCCCAUUUUUUGCUCUCCUCAUGCUCCAGAGCCUUUCUAGGAGCCUGGGGGCAGGCAAAACGGCCUUCCCCUCCCCCUGGAGGCGGAAAACAGCCCAUUUGCCAACUUCUGGGCCCACAGGAAGGGUCCAGAGGGCCUUUGGGGUGGGUGGGGAAGGCCAUUUUCGCCUCCCCAGGCUCCUAGAAAGGCUCUGAAGCAUGGUGAGAGCAAAAAACUGACCUACCAGGCAAACCGGGCCAAAAGGGGAGCAUGGGGGUUGAUUCGCCAUCACUGGUAUACUGCAAUGUCGGGUUUUCGGUUUCAGUUAUAUAGAAUGUAAAGGAUGUAUGUUUGCAUUUUUAUUUUUAUCAUUAUAAUUUACACUGAAGACAGCAUUUAAUUUCAUUGUACAAUGUGCAGUGACAAUAAAAUAAAAUAAAAUAAAGGGAGAUGAGGAAAU